GAAUUUCGAAAGGCGAUGGCAGUCAGUUGUAAUUCAACAUCAGGUCAAAACGGACGCGAGUUUAGUGUUGUGGUGUAAGCAGAGUCGUACAUAAAAUAUAAGAUGAUCGUGGCAGAAGCUUGGAAAGCCAGCUACCUCUACUGGGUCUUUCCAGUUCUGAUUGUCGCUACAGUAUUCGCGAUUCUUGGUCUUUUCGGAGUCAUAUUCGCGAUCAGAUUGUUCGCUAAAUAUACCUGUGGGAGAUUCCGAAAGACCACGAGAAUGGAUGGAAAGACCGUAAUUGUUACUGGCUGUACUGGUGGCAUUGGGAAGGAGACGGCAAGAGACCUGGCUAAAAGAGGAGCUAGGGUUAUCAUGGCGUGCAGGAACCUGGAGGUAGCUGAGAAAGUUAAAGACGAGAUCAUCGACUCCACAAAGAACACACAAGUAAUAGUCAAGAAACUGGACCUCAGCUCCUUCGCUUCCGUCCGCGAAUUCGCAGCAGACAUCAACAAGACUGAACCAAAGCUAGACGUCCUAGUCCACAACGCAGGGUACGCAGACACCUUCAAGAAGAGAAAGACUGUAGAUGACCUUGAGAUGACCAUGGAAACCAACCAUUACGGACCUUUUCUUCUAACCCAUCUUCUAAUAGACUUACUGAAGAAAAGCGCUCCAUCCAGAAUAGUCGUUGUAGCAUCUUCGCUGUACCGUCUUGCGUCCUUCAACAUUGAUAACCCAAACCCCGUUGACACCAUACCAGGAUACCUUUACUACGCUUCUAAAGAAGCCAACAUACUCUUCACCAGAGAAUUAUCACGAAGACUAGAAGGUACUGGAGUGACUGUAAACUGCCUUCAUCCAGGGUUGAUAGAAACUGGGAUCUGGAGCUCAGUUCCACCUCCAUUGAACUGGAUGCUGUUCCCUAUCAUCAAAUUCUUCUUCAAGACUCCGAAACAAGGAUGCCAGACUACGGUUAUGUUAGCAGUUGAUGAGCAACUGGAGAAGGUUUCAGGGAAAUAUUUUUCUGAUUGUAGAGAGAGUUCAUUGUCGAGUUCAGUAAGUAAUAUGAGUAGAGCUAAGAAGGUUUGGGAGGUGUCUGAGAGGAUGGUCAAGUUGGGUGAGGAUGACCCGAGGAUUUAGUCAAAAUCGUUUCAAUUUCCAAUGGUUUGUGGGAGAACUUAGUGAAUCGAGACGUAAGGACUGAAUUUCUGUUUUGCCAAUAAUUUGAAAAAAUAGAACUCUUUGAAAUUAUUCAGUUUCAUUCCUUGUGUACGUAUUCACUAUGUUUAACGUUUAACAAUAUUUAUU